AUGAUCUACACUGCUGCCGCCCUCGCCUCCCUAGCAGCCCUCGCCCAAGGUCUCGUCAUCCGGGAUGGCUGCACCUUUCACCUAGAUGUGGACGGCACCCCUGUUGGUCAGGUAGAAGGCGGCCAGGCCAAAUUUGGCAACGGCCUCAAGGCCACCAACUUUGUCAUCAACGGCGAUGUUCUCAGUGACGGCACCGGACGCGGCUGCUGGUGGACGCCUCCCACCAAGGUCCUCCAGUGUGACGCGGGACAGGCGCCUACCAGUGGUUUCGGCAUCGCUUGCGACGGCACCUUUUCUUACAAGGGCCAGACUCAGUUUUUCAAGUGCGAGUCUGGCGAUGGCUUGUGGAACAUCUACCUAGAGGAUGGCCACGGCCAGAACUGCGGCCCCAUCUCCCUCCGGUCCGAUGGCUGCCAUGCCGACUGCGCUCCUCCCCCGCCCCCGCCCCCGCCGGCGCCCAAGUGCCCCGUUGAGCUGACCGGUUCAUGGGAGUUCCCCCAUCUGAUCGUGCCCGUUGACUCGGCCAACCCUGACAAGGCCUCCGGCACUUCCUACGACGGCAAUGUCUCCCCUACCGUCUCUUCCAUCUUCAACUUUGAUAUCCCCGCCGGUGAUGCUGGCAAGACCUGCCAGCUCGUCUUCCUGCUUCCCAAGAAGGAGGAUCUCGAGACCUCUGACUACAAGUUGAGCGGCUCGGGUGCCCUCGACUUUGUCUGGCUUAACGGCGUCGCCAACCUGCAGACUACCUACAACAAUGCUCCUGGUGCCAAGAUGGACCUCGGCACUGUGACCGUCGCUCCCGGAAACAGCUACGCCAUCGCCAACUUUGACUGUCCCGCCGGCCAGACUAUCAGCUUCGAGAUUAAGGAGGGUGGUGGCGCUGACACCAACCUGUGGUACUUCCAAGACUACAACCCGUCUCCCAUCGGUCUCUACAUCACCAAGUGUUAA